GCGACAAGCGAUUUCAAAACAGUAUAGUGUUUGUGAAUUAGUUUUGUAAAAUUUCUAAUAUUCGUUGCUUAAAAUAUGUGUCCUAAGAUUGAAAUUAUUUGUUGUUGCGUUUCAUUUGCUUUGGAAUUCAAUCGAAGAGUUAAAGUUUCCUACUUGCAUCUUAAUCGUGCUUCAUUUUAGCGGAGGUUUGUGACUGCUACACAAGUAACGAGUUUUUAUUCUUUCUCUUAAUCGAGUUAUAUCUUCAGUCUUGAUUGUAUUUAGGAACCACUUUUGCAGCAAACCUUUGUUCCUAAAGUUGGCAAGACCAUACAUAACUGCAAAAUGUGUUGAAAGAAUUUUAGAAGAGCUAGCUAUUUGAAGCAGAAUGAAUCUAUACAUAUUGUUGAAAGGUUCUAUUGUCAGGUCUACUCUACAUUGUAAUCACAGUGCUGCCACACACACAAGUACUCUGAAUAUCUACAUGCUGCAGCACAAGGAUUUGUAAAACUUUGAGUGGGUGGUGAAUUUCGAUGUGAACACUUUUGCUUCUGCUCAAUCUACUAAGAUAUUUCAUAUUAGUGUAUUCACAGUAUUUGAGCUUAAAACAUUUAAUUUGUGCUGAUUUUCAGAGUCCAUAAUAAUUUUAAAUGUGAGAUAAAGUUGAGAUGUGAAAUGUGCAAUUAAAAAAAAAGAUUUGUAAUGUACUUUUUAUUUAUAUUUUGAAAGAAUAUAUGGUGUUGAAUUUAAUUUAUUACUAGAUAUAUAGAAAUCGUAAGUGAAAUUGACCAGAACACAAUAGUUACUGUCCAAAGCCUACAUUUUGUAUCUUAAAAUGUUUUUUUUGGGAGUAUUUUAAUUCAUAAAUAGUGAGCAUUUUUAGUUUUUUUACAUUUUUAUAUAUAUUAAUAGGAAUUAAAUUGUUUACUUGUUAACGCUCUUGUAUCAUUUUUUCAACUGCAGGAAAAGCCCCUAAAGCAACUAUGCAAUUUUGAACCAUUGUAUAAAAUAUUUUGUUGUAGCUUCAUUGAGUUGUCUCUUAAAGUUCAAGCAAUUUUUAAAUAGAUAUGUUACUUUAAGAGUCUAAAAGUCUGGUAAAUGUCGUCCAGUGAACCACUGGUGAAAUUUGACAUUCUCUGAUGUUUACUUAUGUAUGUCUCAAUUAUGCACAUGCAUAUAUAUACUGUACUGUUCUGUUUACUCUUUGAUGUUGUUGGAUUGCAAAUCUGCCAUUAAGCUGUCAAGUUAUCAAGCCAAUUGACUGUACCUCUAUCCAAAGGCUGACCUAAAUUAAGACACCUUCAUUCUUAAUUCAUUCUUCAUUUCCCCCUUCAUUCUUAAGUUUGAUCAUUUGCUGAUAAGUUUCUGGAAGAGAGAGAGAGUUUUCUUUGCUAUUAAAGAUGUCUAAGCGAAAGCUUAAAACCUUGGAUCUGGAAAGUAAAGUAAAUCUUAUAUUUGACGUUGAAAGGAAUCCAACAAUGAAAAAGAAAGAUAUUGCACUGAAAUAUGGAAUACCUCCAAAUACUCUGUCAACAAUAUUAAAAGAAAAAGAGAAACUUCUGAAAUGGUAUGAAUCCAUGAAUCCGAAUUUGAAACGUAUGAAGAUGUGUACCUUUCCAGAAGUAGAAUCAGCUCUGUUCAGUUGGUUCCAGCAGUAUCAAAAUGAAAACCAUGGCGUUCCUAUAAGUGGGUCUUUGUUACGUGAGAAAGCAAUGGAUUUUGCUAUAUCACUAAACAUAGAAAAUUUCCAUGCCAGUGCUGGAUGGCUGGAGAAGUUCAAGGCCAGACACAACAUCGUCUUCAGAGCUCUUAACUUAGAAGCCAAAGAUAUUUUCCAAGAAGUUUGCUAUAAGUGGAUAAAUGAAACACUACCACAUUUACUGCAAGGAUAUAAUGAAAAUGAUGUUUUUAACAUGGACGAAAUGGGGUUAUUUUUUGAAUGUCUUCCAAACAAGACAAUGAUGUUUAAAGAUGAGAGUUGUUCCGAAGGAAAAAUGAGCAAAGAACGUCUGACCGUUCUAGUAGGUGCAAAUGCAUCUGGGACUGAAAAACUGCCUUUAUUAGUUAUUGGAAAAUACAAAAAUCCACAUUGCUUUAAGAAUGUGAAAUCAUAUCCUCUAGAUUACAGAUUCAAUCAAAAGACAUGUAUGACGCCAAGUUUAUUUAAAGAAUACAUACAAAAGUUGGAUUGUAAAUUCAGUGCCGAAAAUCGAAAAGUGAUGGUUUUUGUGGAUAAAUGUCCUGCACAUUGUGACAUACGAAAUUUGAAGUCGGUAAAUCUGCAGUUUCUACCACCAAACACGUCAGCAAAAUUGCAACCGAUGAAUCAAGGUAUCAUAAAAUGUUUAAAGCAGGCAUAUAAAGAGCGAUUUGUGAAGAAAACGAUAAAUGAAAUUGAAAACAAUUCAAGCACUUUCACGAUUGAUGUGCUAGAAGCUAUGAGAUUGCUCUCUAGUGCUUGGAACAAUGACAUUUCUGAAGAUACAAUAAAAAACUGUUUCUUAAAGUGUGGCUUCUUCAAAGAUGCACACAGUGAUUCAGUGCUCAUGGAAGGAGACAAACAAAUAAUGACCUUUGAAGAAGUUGAAGAAGAGAGUGAUCACUCCAAUUUUACUAACUUUGAUGAAAACAUCGUGGUUAGUUGCGACAUUACAGGCUACGAAUUUCUGCAAAAUAAGGAAAACGAUGGGAGUAAUGAGAGUGCUAAUGAAGAAGAAAUAUCAGAAAUGCCGGUCCCUAGCAUAUCAGAAGCUCGUUCUUCUCUUGUGGUUCUCCAGAGAUACAUUGAGAGUCGAGAGGGAAUAGAUCCCGCUGCGUUUGAGCACGUGCAAAAACUUGAAGAUUUGCUGUUUCUAGAAUCGCCAAGAUGUUUAUCACAACGCAAAGUAACGGAUUAUUUUAAGAAAAUAUGAAUUAAGAAUAAAAAGUAAGAUUGCUUUUGAUUUUGUUUUCAUCCUCAGUAUUUUUGAUUAAAUGUGCAUAUUGUGUUAAAAAACUUUAAAAGUUCUAUAAUGUUGUCUGUUAUAUGUACAUAUUAAUUAAAAUAUUCUAUGGUUUUUAAUAUUGAAAUGUUGAAAACCGAAACUAGCGAAUCCAAUAAGUCAU